AUGACAAACCCUUCAAACUUUCUCCAUAAACCUUCUCCCAUAAUUGAACAAAGACAAGAGAACAAAACCAUGAUGUGCUUAGAUAAGCAACUACAAAGACAAUUAUCCAAUAAUAUUUCUAAUGAAGAUUACCAUGGAAACAAAUUUGCUUCUAUUCCUUUUGUGUGGGAAUCUCAACCAGGUACACCUAAACAUAGAUCCAAUGCUAAUUCUCUUCCUCCUCUUACUCCUCCACCAUCUUAUUUCCAAAAUGCUAACAAAAAACCAAUCAAACCUAAAAAGAACUUUUUCUUGCAAACAUUUUUCCCCAAACGUAGUACUAAAAAAGGUUGUGUUCUUGAUCCGUCUUCCGCAUCGUCGAAUUUUGUUUCUUAUUCUUCGUCGUCUUCCUCGUCGUCUUUGUCAUUGUCCUCGCCACGGCCGACUUCAUAUUCAGUGCCGUCUUCGCCGAUGAUAUGCUCGAAAAAGGGGGGAGAUGAUGAAGAUUUGUAUGAUGUUUCUAGAUCUAAUGUUGGUUUAGGUAAUGUAAAAUCACAAGGGCGUUAUUCUUCCAUGUUCAAAAAGGUAUUGUUUGGAGAUUUAAUGUAA